CGAAAGUACCGGAAAAACGAACGAGGAAGCCAAGAAGAGGUGGUGGACCUGCAGAGUAUUUCAAGAAAAACAACUGAAAUACGACUGUCCAUGUAUUAUUCAUACUGCAGGGUGAUCAUUUGAUUCUUAAUACACCAUAAGAAGAAACUGUGGGGAUGAUUUUGUGAUCAGACGCCCUUGAAGAGGGAUUAACGAAGCGCGCACCUGCCAUGUGUUCGAAAUUCCGAAUGCGCGAAGCAAGUACAAAGGGGCAAGACGUCGAGAAACAAAACUGAUCGAGGAAACAUCAUUUCCCCCAUUCUGCAGUGACGAUUUAACAGUUUCAAGCAAAGGAUCAAAUCGAAAAGGGAAUCUACAAUCAUGUUCAUCGAAACGCUUCAGUUCACCAUUCCAAUAGACUUGUGCACUGUAUUUUCAUCGUUACAAAAAGGACCGAAGUCGAAUCUUGAAUUUCCGGCAUCGGUGAACUCCUAUGGCACGACACAAGAUGCCAACAUUCAAGUUGCGUUGCAUGCAAACAAGCUGACGUUUACAGUUGAUGGCGUUUCGUCAAAUGCGAGCAUGAUAUCAAAGAGCGAAUGCAAAACUUUAAGACUUUCAGUAUUUGACGUAGACCGUUCAUUAAUACCACAAGAAAGUGAAGUUGUAAGUUACGGGCAGAUGUCAACGUCGGUCACAGUUUCAACCAAGCGCUUGCACGAUAACACCUCAUCAACUCAACCUGCAUCGAAAAGUAGUCGGACUGAAUAUUUAGAAAGUACACCAAUUCGUUCACCAGCCCGUCGCAUUCCACAUGCUCAAUCCACGUCUUCUCCGUCCAACAAUACCCAUUCAAAAUCUCAAAAUGACACUUCUGUUAAUGUGAAACAAGAACCAGAAGAUCCAGAUUUAAUAGAAAUAGAACCGGAUCCUGAACCCGAUGGUGUUGUGCCAAAGACAGAGACUCCAUACAUGCAAAUAGAUUAUUCAUCAGAUGUACCUCAUACGCAAACGUCCCAAGCAGCUCUAGAUCGACUUUCUCAUCCACAAUCAUCACAUUCUCAAUCACCUGGUUCUUCAUCAUCGUCCUUCCAUCAAAAUGUUCCACAUGUGCCAGAUUACGCCGGACCCAGUACUAGUCAAGUUCGUCAUGGUGACCAAAGUGCAGAUGACUAUUUAGUGUUUCAAGACGACAAUGACUACGGCGACGAUAACGAAGCAGAUUACAGCAAUGACGAUUCUAUAGUCAGAAUGCUGCAGUCACCUUCUCAAGAAAUGCCCCAAGAUAUGGGAGGAUUGUCUGGAGUAAUCUGCAAUUUUCAGUUUUCCAAUAUCUCUUCCUCAAAUCAGUGCAGUUUAUGUGGCAAGCUCUUCUCUAGUCAAACUAGCUGUAAGCGGCAUAUGGAAACCAGUCACGGAAACUUGAAGUUUCCGUGUGACUGCGGGAAGAGUUACACGAGACAGACAGACCUCCACAGACACCAGGCAGCUGCUCAUGGGAACGAGGCUUGUGUUUGUGUGUGCGGGAAGAUGUACGUGUAUGUUCGGGGGCUGAGAGCCCACCAGAAGAACUGUACCAUAUAUAAGGCCACUGUUUGAAAAUAGACAGGAGCAUGUGGGGCAGUGGUUUAGCCGAGUAGUUAAAGUGUUCUCUCAUCAUGCUGGAAGCCCAGGUUUCAUUACCAGCAUCUGUGUUCGAAGCCAUUUUCUGGUGUCCCCACCUAGUAUUGCCGGAACAUUGACAAAAGCGAUGUAAAGUUGACCUAAAGUAAUGUAGAGCUUAGAAGAAGAGUCAUGUUCAUGUGUGGCAUUAAGGACUCUCAGAUACAGACAUUACUCAUGAAAACGUAUGACACAGAAACAUGUCUGGUGUCCAGUGUUGUAUGUGUGGGUGCGUGACUUCUCUUUAUGUGUUCUUGACUGGGUAAAGGGGCACAGGUGGCCCCGGACAGGAACUGCUUGUCACCGUGUAGAGUUGUGUCCCAUAACCAAGCACCUGGAAUGUGAUCCUUGGUCUUUCUGUGCGCCUGGGAUGCGAUGGCUGGAGUCCCAGACUUUGAUCCUUGGUCUUUCUGUGCGCCUGGGAUGCGAUGGCUGGAAUCCCAGACUUUGAUCCUUGGUCUUUCUGUGCACCUGGGUUUCACAAAAGUGGCGAAUGUCUGUAAUCAACUUAUCAUUUUCUCCCAGAACAAGCACAACAGGACUUCCAUUCAAAGCAAAGUUUAACACAAAUCAAUCAGUCACUUGGCUGGAACUUUUUACGACUUGUAUCAAUGAAGAAGGUGACUUUGUGCUUUGACUUCUUGCUGAUAUUGAUUGCUGUGGCAAACCUUUGACUUUGUUUCAUCAUCAUUAUCAUUUUUUCAUCAUCAUCAUCAUCAUCAUCAUAAUAAAGUGGAAAACGUCUGAGAUCUGCAUCACUUUGUGCUUUCCUCCCACAAUAAGCCAUGAUAUCACUGGAAUACUGUUGGGAUUUUGUAUCAAGGUUAGAUAUUUUUCAGCGUCAGCUAGGACUAUGUUGGAAGCAGAUAAGAAAGUUACCCUGGUCAUAAGGAGGGAAUUGGAUCAGGUGGUGAUCUAUGUGACCGAUUGCAUGUCAUUGUGCCCACUGAUACAGGACAGUGUUCAUUCUCUCAGUGUCGGGUUUGUCUGCCCAGGCAUGUGUUGUAGGAACCAACCAAUCAAUAUUCUGGAGGGGGGAUUUCAGUUGCAGCUGCAAAACCAGAUAUUUUUUUGUAUUUUGAACUAUUUUGAACCAGGAUUAUUUAAUUAAAGAGUGAGUGAGUGAGUAUGGUUUUACGCCGCUUUUAGCAAUAUUCCAGAAAUACCACAGCGGGGGACACCAGAAAUGGGCUUCACACAUUGCACCCAUGUCGGGAAUCGAACCUGGGUUCGUGUGCUUUAGGUCUUCCAGCCUUGUAUUGUGAUUUGUUGACUAUAUUGAAGUCAAAAUUUCUCUUGUGUCAGAUAUAUCAAUGAUUUAUAUAAGAUUCUAAACUAGCACCCUUGGCAGGCAAAUUGGGAAGAUAAGCAUAAUUUUUUUCAAAACUUGGAUAUUUCUUACAGGACUUACUUUCCCAAGUUCUCAGGUAUUUCAAGCAUCUUAUUCGUUAUUGGUCCUGUUAUGAGGUAGCCUAGUGGUUAAGCGUUUGCCCCUCAUGCCGAAGACCCAGGUUCGAUUCCCGACAUGGGUACAAUGUGUGAAGCCCAUUUCUAGUGUCCCCCGCUGUGAUAUUGCUGGAAUAUUGCUAAAAGUAGCGUAAAACCAAACUCACUCACUCACUAACUCCACAAACCAUAACACAAGUUUGACUAGAUUAACAUGAACUGGACAAGUUUAAAUUCCAAUUUGGGAAUUUUCACUGACACUAGAUACAGACUUGGGUCAAAAUAUCGGCCUCUGAACAGGUAGAGAUAAACCCAAUAUCUCUUUCUAGGAAUCACUAGGUAAUGCAGUAUCAUACUGCCAGAAGCUUUUGUCUUUGUCAGUGACUCAGUGUAUUUGCAUCAUGUUACAUGGGCCGGCAGACCCAGGAAGAUCCGGGGUAGAAUAGGUCUUCAGCAACCCAUGCUUGCCAUAAAAGGCGACUAUGCUUGUCGUUACGGGAUCGGGUGAUCAGG